GCAGCGGAAAAUUUCCUGAUGAAUUAAAGUUUGUUUCGUUACGACUAGAUUCAGUUACCUUAAAAGUUGCCGUGUUGAAAGAGGUCACAGUCGCUUUAUGUUCCGCUUCGGUUCAGAUCUCAGUGUGAUAACCUGAUAGAAACCAUAUGUUCCAGCCUUUUGUCAUUCUGCUAUUCCCAUUCAGGAUAUUUAACGUCAACGAAGGGAAUUUUGCUUUAUUUAAAACUGUUUAGGUCAUUUUCGUAGACAAGGGGAUUUUCGCUUACGUCAGUGAUAAGUCUCUCAUUGGCAGAUCAUUGAUUAGACAGACACAAAUAAUUGGUAUCUUGUAUCAGUGCGUCUCUACUUUAAAGCACAUCCAGUAGUUGUGAAUGCACUGAGAGAUCCAACAUGUUGAGAAGUGAUUCUCUUCUUCCCAAAAAAUGUUACCUUCAGGUCCCGGGCAUGGACAACGCCACAGAGGAGGCUCAAGGAUGGCCGCAGGACGACGCGGUCAGUGAUAAGUACACUGCGGCUAUAGAGCUGUCCAACAAGUGCCGGGACUUCUAUAAGUCUAGGGUAGAGGCGGCCAACAUUAUGAAAUCGAAAUGGAGGCACAGCGUCUCCGACAGCGAGUCAGCGUCGUCUUCAGCUUCCACGUCGCCAACAUCGUCCACAUCGUCUAUUAGCCAGUCACAAGAGGAUGAGAAUGUUAGCAGAGGCCACAAGUCAGGAGUUGAUGCCGCAAUGGAAAGGCUGAGAGCCGAGAUGGUAUCUCUGAUUGACCAAGACUUGUCUCUGAUGAAGCAACUGCUGACUCUUAACGAGACAAUAGAAGAACUCAAGUGGCAGCGCCAGUACUACAGCUGUAGCACAAGCUGUACCUCUUUGUCCAACAGCAAACUCUUGGAAAGCAACUGGUCAGUUUCAGACACUGAGAUGUAUGAAGCCGAAGAUGAUCUUAUGGCCGUCAAUCAUUUGACCAGCGGAACGGCACAGACGGGAAUGGUGACAGGUCCCACCUGGCAUAGUACGAGAAAAACCCGAAAGGCAACCAAAGACUUGGAUAACGGCUCCAUGGACAACGCCGCACCACUGCUUGACAUCAUUGUAGACGUAUCCGUUGAUAAUUGUGGCCAACACGAACGUGUUGCUGAUUCCCCUGAGGACAUUUCUGUUUGCUCUGAGUCGCUCGACUCCCUGGGACACAUGAAAUACAUGAAAAAUAAAUACAGGAGCCAUCUUGACCCUUGCACGAACGAACAGAGCGGACAGAGCAUCAUUCACCAUGACAGAGAACAGAACUCUUUUGAUUCUGGGAUACACGAAGACUUAGUCUGGACAGUCUGAGUUCAUGUCCUUGGUUCAACUUCUUCAAGUGACUUGCUAACACGAAGUCUGUCGUUUCCGAUGACACAGUCUAUGCAGCAAUGGAUGUACAGUUUCGCACUUUUGUGGAUGUUCAAAGAUGCUGACCUUUUUGACCUGUCCAUUACUCUUAACAUACAAUUUACAAUCCACUGUUUGACUCCAAAAAAGAAUUAUAUCUUCAUGUAAAUAAAACAGUACAACAUAUCAGACGGACAACGAAUAAAUAUUUAUAGUUUCACAUCAUUACAGAUGAAAAGCACCACACGACGGAAAUGAAUGAAACUGCAUAAACCACUUACACUAAGUGGUCACAUGACUGGACUUUUGACUAUCUGAUGACAACGGUCACAUGGCCAUCUGUACAGUACUAGAACUGACAAAAGUGGACAUUAGAUCUUGUCCACUUGACUUACUUUAGGAUUUUUUUUCCUUUUUUGAAAAUAACUUUGUUCCACUGUUCCACUUAGGACUAGUAAAUGGACACUUCUGUCUGUACCGCUAUCUUGCCUGGUUUUAUUAACAAUGAUUGCCAAACUUAUCGAACUUUCUCUUUUUUUAGUGAUUGAGUUUUAUUUUAACGUUUUGUAGCCCACUUGAAGUUGUGGGUGUAGAUAGAUCCAGAACUUUCUAUCAAUACUGUGCCACUUAACGUCUGGAGUAUUCUAUCUUCAACAUUAGAAAAUGCAAUGUUUUAAUCCAUUCAGCCACGAUUCCUUUUUGACUAUCUUGAAAAUAGUCAUUCAAGGAUGAAACUUUUUUUUUUUAAAUCUUGUUUAUUCUAUUUUUUUUUCCAGUGACUAUUUGUUUUGUCUAGUUUCCCAUCGUAUUCCUGCUGCAUGUCUAGCGCGGGGAAUUGCCUUGAAUCCGCCGCAGGCCGGCCAAGGAAAAUGUUGAAUGUAAUCUGCAUAGAUUUAAUACUUAAUCUAACACAAAUUCUCUCUUAUUCCCACAAAUAAAGUUUGUGGUACGAUUUGUGUAUUACUCUCACUGUAUCCAACAUUUCUUAGCACAGACCGUCCUGGUUGACCUAUCAGGUCUGCAUCUCAUUGUAAUAGUUGUAUAUGUUGUUAUGUUAUUUCAAUAAAGUGAUAAAUCCUUGUUUAUUCAUAGCCAAUCUUGUUUCUUAUGUGACGACCACUCUUCGUGUCUUCAAAGAAACUUAUUGACACCAGUGUGUCGACAGCCAUAUUAAUUACUUGAUAUAUGUAUAAUAAAUUAUAUACAUGUGUACAUUUCUAUUGUAACAGAAGGUAUGCCAGCCAUUGUAAUUUAUGAUCAAGAUAUUAUUAUUGUUAUUUCUUUGUUUAUAUAAUUGAACGUCUUCCAAAGAUUUGGAUAUUAGUCAUGUCCUAAUAUGUUGAUUUAUGUAGCAUGGAAUCUACUCCUAUUGAGACACUAUUGAUUACGCUAGAGAAAUGGGAAUCACGCAGAGUUGAUACAGUGACCUCAAGGAUGUCAUGCUGGUAAUGACGUCAUUCUGAGGGGAACUAACAUUUUUCUCAACUAUUACAACGACAACUUUUAUUCCAAGUGAAAACAAACAAAAACUUACAUUAAAGUUAUUUCAUAGUU